UGUCAACACUCUCCCAUCCCACACAUGUUGAGUGUAUCUUUUUGUGACGGUAUUUUAACUAAAAUCCCAGACAAUGCCGAAAAACACCCUGUUUUCCUACUUUUCAAAGAGUCCAGCUGUAGCCAGGAAGUCGACCUCACCAUUGACAGCUGACGAUGUUGGAAAUGAGAAAUCCAAGUCGCCAAAAGAGGCAGCGAAGGGACCGGAUCAGUCAGUGAAGGGGAACGGCGCAGACGAUUGUGCCUUCAAAGUUGGAGAUGUCGUCUGGGCAAAGCUAGAAGGCUACCCAUGGUGGCCUAGUUUGGUGUGUAACCACCCAACUCUUAACACUCACAUCAAGCAAGGAAAGAAACGUCAAGUUCAUGUACAGUUUUUUGAUGAGUCCCACAGUAGAUCUUGGAUUUUUGAGAAAUAUGUGGAGACGCUCAAACUGAAAGAUUCUGAGCGUGGAGGCAAGUUUCAUACCCAGAAACUUGAUGUCUGCCAAGCAGUAAAGGAAGCAAAAGGUGCACUUGAUCUGAGUGUAGAGGACAGGCUACAACUUAUCAUGUGCACCCAAUCAGAUGAAGAGCAGGAGGAGCAAGAAAUGAAAGUUAAUGGAAGCAGUGCAGAUAAGUCAAGCUCCAGCGAUGAGGAUGACAUGGAGGAAGAAGAGGAAGAGAUAAGGGAGAAAUCCAAGAAGAUGCUUCGAGCAUCCACGAGACAGACACCUCUCUCGACAGCGUCACGUAAGAGGAGACGUAUCAUUGAGUCAUCGGAUGAUGACGAGAGCUCAGGUGAUGAGUACAAACCUCAUGUAGGAGACUCAGGCUCGUCAGACAGUGAUAGCUCAGGUGUUGAUGAGAAUGAAACCUCAGAAGCUUCUUUAAUGUCUGAGAGCGGGACACCUCAGAAAUCUCGAAAGAGGAAGCGAGGAUCCAGCUCUCGGACCUCUGUCACAUCAGGAAAUAAGGUCACUAGACCUGUUUUCAGUGUCAUGACCCCUGACCCACCUAAACCUAAGAUGGUCGCGCAUGACCCUAAGAUGGUUGCAUCUGAACCGAAGAUGGUCGCGCCAGUGACGCCCCAACCCAAAAAGACGUUUCUUACACCAACCAUGAGCGCCAAGACAAAAUCCAGACUUACAAGUUUCCAAACACCAGAGUCGAGCCCAAGUCCUAGCACUCCUCUUGAUUCAGAUGAAACUCGAUAUCCACAUCAACGAUAUGAAUGGCUAAAAGACGGCCAUCGAAGGGAUCUUAAAGGAAAUCCACAAUCUCAUCCUGAUUAUGAUCCAAGGACUUUGUUUGUGCCCAAGUCUUUCCAGGAAAAGACUACACCAGCAAUGCGGCAAUGGUGGGCAAUGAAAUCACGCUUCUUCGAUACUGUUCUCUUCUUUAAGAUGGGGAAGUUUUAUGAGUUCUACCACAUGGAUGCAGAAGUUGGUGUCAAAGAACUUGGUCUGAUUUACAUGAAGGGUGAAAAUGCCCACUCAGGUUUCCCUGAGAUUGCUUAUGGUCGCUAUAGUGAUACACUGAUACAGAAAGGUUAUCGAGUAGCCAGGGUUGAGCAGACAGAAACACCCGACAUGGUGCAGGAACGUUGCAAGAAAAUGUCCAAGAUGGCAACAAAGUACGACAAAGUUGUGAAACGAGAAAUUUGUCGGAUUUCCACAAAAGGUACAAGGACGUAUAGUUUUAUAGAUGGCGAUACAUGUGAGGCUCAGCAUAGCUACCUGUUGGCUGUUAAGGAGAAAGUGUCUGAUGAUACCACUGAAGGGGAGAGACUUUACGGAGUCUGCUUCGUCGAUACAUCAAUCGGAAAAUUUCAUUUGGGACAGUUUACAGAUGACCGCCACUGCUCACGCUUCCGAACACUGAUUGCUCACUACAAUCCAGCUCAGGUUCUGUUUGAGCGAAGCAAACUCUCUCCCAAGACGCAGCAGAUUUUGUCCAACAAUCUCCUGUCCGUCAUCAAGGAGCCUCUAGUCCCGGGGACGGAGUUCUGGGAUUCAAGUAAGACCCUUAAGAUUCUAUCAGAGAACAGAUACUUUGAGGAUGAUGAUGGGAAGAAGAGCAAGGAAGAUGAGAACAAAGGAGGAAUGCCAUCCGUGCUUCAAAACAUGAUCUCUGAUGCGGAUACCCUUGGGCACUCAGCCAAGGACUCCAGUGAGUUAGCAGUCAGUGCUUUAGGAGCCUGCACCUGGUAUCUCAAGAAAUCUUGCCUGGAACAUGAGCUUCUUUCACUGUGUAACUUUGAGCUCUACGUACCUCUAGAUGUAGAGUCGGUGGUCAAGGCUGAUGUGGUGAAUUUUGCAGCCGGCAGACAACAUAUGGUACUUGAUGGUGUCACAUUGUACAACUUGGACAUCCUGGAGAAUGGCACAUCUGGAACACUAGAGGGCACACUUCUAGAGAGGCUAGACCAAUGCUGUACACCAUUUGGAAAGAGGCUGUUCAAACAAUGGCUAUGUGCCCCCCUGUGUAAUCCAAAGUCCAUCAAUGAUAGGCUUGAUGCUGUUGAGGACCUUAUCAAUAUACCAGACAAGAUGGCAGAGGUCAACGACCUCCUGAGACAACUUCCAGACCUGGAGAGACUGCUGAGCAAGAUUCACACCCUAGGGCUGGCUAGAAGCAACUUGGAUCACCCUGAUAGUCGCGCCAUCUUCUUUGAAGACACACUUUACAGCAAGCGUAAGAUACAGGACUUCCUGACAGCUCUUGAUGGAUUCAAAACUUCUAUCAAGAUCAUACACAUCUUCAAAAACUCUACCUCAAACUUUAAAUCUAAGCUACUGAAGAAAACGCUGACUAUUGUAGAUGGGGAUGUGGGAUCAGUGCAAGGGCGUUUUCCUGACCUCACCAAGCAUCUAUCUUUCUUUGAUAAUGCGUUUGACCACAGAAAAGCUAAAGAGGCCGGAGCUAUUGUUCCAAACAAGGGUGUUGACCCCGAGUAUGAUGGCGCCAUCGCUGCCAUGAAAUCGGCCAAUCAGAGGCUGGAUGAUUAUCUAGAUAAACAACGCAAAAGGCUUGGGUGUAAGACCAUCACCUACUGGGGAACAGGCAAGAACCGGUUCCAGCUGGAGGUACCAGAGAGCGCCCUCUCUCGCCACACCCCUGAAGACUAUGAAUUGCAAUCAUCUAAGAAGGGAUUCAAACGAUACUGGACUAUCGAGAUUCAGGAGAUGUUUGCUGAUCUUGUUUCUGAAGAGGAGAGACGAAGUGUGGCUCUACGAGACUCCAUGAGGAGGGUCUUUCAUGCUUUUGAUGAACACUAUAAGGACUGGGACCAAGUGAUUCAGUGUCUUUCUGUUCUGGAUGUACUACAAAGCCUCUCAUAUGUCAGUCAGGCCUCUGAUGGGCCAAUGUGCCGACCACAAAUCAUUUCACCAACUCACAAUAUGCAGCCAUUCAUCACAAUUCAAAAUGGUCGCCAUCCAUGCAUCAGUCGGACAUUCACUGGUGGAGACUUCAUUCCCAAUGAUACCUACAUUGGAACUACUGAUGAUAAUGCCAUGGAAACGAACGCUGACCCAGCAGAAACAGACAAGAGUUGCUGUGUACUAGUGACCGGUCCCAACAUGGGAGGCAAGUCCACACUAAUGAGGCAGGUCGGACUGAUGGUCAUCAUGGCCCAGCUUGGGUGUUUUGUUCCUGCUGACCAAUGUCGUCUCACUCCGGUGGAUCGAGUCUUUACACGUCUUGGGGCUAGAGAUAACAUACUCUCUGGAGAGAGUACUUUCUUUGUUGAGUUGAGUGAAACGGCUAGUAUUCUACAACAUGCCACACGUCAUUCAUUAGUCUUAAUGGAUGAAUUAGGACGAGGAACAGCUACGUAUGAUGGUACGGCCAUUGCUAGCGCUGUAGUGAUGGAGCUCUCUGGGAGAAUCAAAUGCCGAACCCUCUUCUCAACUCAUUAUCAUUCAUUGGUCGAAGAGUAUGGACAUGAUGCCAAUAUUCAACUAGGUCAUAUGGCUUGUAUGGUGGAGAAUGAGAAUGAGGAAGAUCCAAGUCAAGAAACAAUCACCUUCCUUUACAAGUUUGCUGCUGGUGCAUGCCCCAAGAGCUAUGGCUUCAAUGCUGCUAAACUUGCCAACCUACCAGAUGAGGUUGUGAAGGUAGCAAGAAAGAAAGCACAUGACUUUGAAAUGUCUGCGGACAGACUAAAGGCAUUCAGAACACUACACAGAAUGAGUCCAACUCCAGACCUACGUAACAAUAUGAGGAAUCUACAGCAGAUGAUCCAAGCCUGAAUAUGGGGUCAAAGUUCAAAGUUAAGGCUGAAUGUAUUUGAGCGACUUUAAGACUGGCCAGCACUGUGUACAUCUUCACACAUUGAGACCAAUUCAUUAACCACUUAAAGGCACUGGACACUAUUGGUAAUUACUCAAAAAAAUAAUA